CUAAUCUCUCUCUGUCCAUUCUAAAUUGUCUCUUUUGGUUUUGAAAAUCUUUUCCUUUGAUUUCUUUCCAACUCGGCUGUUUGUUUCUUAUUCUAACAUUAUUGGAUUUGAAAAUGAAAUCAACCUACCACAUUCAUUUUCGUUUGAUCUCUUAUGGUUUCACUUAGGCAGGGUGUCGAAGAUUGAAUAUGGAACAUUUUGAUAGUGGAUCAGACAGUGUCAGUCAAGUGGAAUUGACACCUCUAAUAUGUGGACUUCCAGAUGACAUUGCUCUUUUUUGCCUGGCAAGGGUUCCUCGAAAGUACCAUAUGCUCCUUAGGUGUGUUUCAAAGAGAUGGAGAGACCUAGUGUGCAGUGAAGAGUGGCAUUCUUACCGCCGAAAGCAUAAACUUGAUGAGACUUGGAUUUAUGCUUUGUGUCGAGACAAAUUUGAGCAGGUUUGCUGUUAUGUGUUGGACCCCAAUUCAUCAAGAAGAUGUUGGAAGCCCAUUCAAGAACUUCCACCUCGCAGUUUGAAGAGAAAAGGCAUUGGUUUUGAGGUUUUGGGUAAGAAACUCUACUUGUUGGGUGGCUGUGGAUGGUCUGAAGAUGCUACCAAUGAAGUUUACUGCUAUGAUACUUCGAGGAACACUUGGAGUGAUGUUGCUCCAUUAUCAACUGCAAGGUGUUAUUUUGCUUGUGAAGUUCUAGAUGAGAAAAUUUAUGCCAUUGGUGGGCUAGGCUCAAAUUCAAGCAAUCCAAAUUCUUGGGACACUUAUGACCCUUGCACAGAUAAUUGGAAGUCUCACUCAGAUCCAAACAUUGUUCCUGAAAUUGAAGAUUCUAUAGUCAUGGAUGGGAAGAUUUAUAUUCGAUGUGGCACUUCUGCUGUAACUUCUCAUGUGUAUGCAGUAGUUUAUGAACCAUCAAGCGGCACGUGGCAACAUGCAGAUGCUGACAUGGUAUCUGGAUGGCGGGGUCCAGCAGUUGUUGUGGAUGGGACCCUAUAUGUAUUGGAUCAGAGUUCAGGAACCAGGCUGAUAAUGUGGCAAAAAGAGACUAGGGAAUGGUUACCAGUUGGGAGGUUGUCAACUUUGCGUACAAGACCACCCUGCCAGAUGGUUGCUAUUGGGACAACCAUUUUUGUUGUAGGAAAGGGGCUUAGCACUGUUGUGAUUGAUGUUGGUAAUGCAGGGAAUAUGGGAGGGGUGAUGAUGAGUUCUACUAUUUCUAAAAUUACUUCUGAUGAUGAUGUAAUUAGCUGUAAAUGUUUAGCAAUUUGAGAUUCUGUUGUAGCUGUUCUUAAACUAACCACUGUGAGACUCUGAAUGUGUUACAUAAUUACACGUUUAGGGGCACAUUUGGAUGCCCAUCAGAAAUGAAGAUGUAACACUGUAUCUGAUUGAAUAUUGGAUUUCAGACUAUAUUGUAUUCAUACUUUUGUCCCAUGUGGACAUUGUUCAUGUUGUGUUAA